AUGAUGCUGGGGCGCAAGCAGAGCCUCAAGGGGGAACCCGUCUUGGCCGAUUACGGGCCAGAGGAGUCCCUCAAUGAGAGCGCUGACAUAGAAUGGGUGAAUAAGCUGUGGGUUAGAAGAUUGAUGAGGUUCUGCGCCCUGGUAUCAUUAAUUUCGGUAUGCUUGAAUACUCCAAAGACUUUCGAGAAAAUUCCGCCCCUUCAGUACAUCACUUUCGUUUGCGAUUUAGUUGUUACGUUUUUAUUCACCGCCGAAAUGAUCGCCAAGAUGCAUAUUAGAGGUAUACUGAAGAGGGAUAAAUCAUACUUGAAAGACCAUUGGUGCCAAUUCGACGGGAGUAUGGUCGUCUUCCUCUGGUUGUCCGUAAUUUUACAGAUGUUCGAGAUGCUAGGGUUUGUUUUAAAGUUCAGUUACGUCUCCAUAUUACGGGCACCAAGACCUUUAAUUAUGAUACGCUUCCUAAGAGUCUUCCUUAAGUUCUCCAUGCCGAAGGCUAGAAUCAAUCAGAUAUUCAAGCGUUCGAGUCAACAAAUCUACAAUGUGACACUUUUCUUCCUGUUCUUCAUGUCCCUGUAUGGACUGCUGGGUGUUCAGUUCUUCGGAGAAUUGAAAAAUCAUUGCGUUCUUAACACAACCGAUCCAAAACACAUAACCAUAAACAGUCUAGCCAUUCCGGACACAUUCUGCUCGACUGAUCCUGAAUCAGGGUACCAGUGUCCGGAAGGGAUGACCUGCAUGAAACUCGAGCUGUCGAAGUACAUUAUGGGUUUCAAUGGUUUCGAUGAAUUUGCUACAAGUAUUUUUACCGUUUAUCAAGCCGCGUCACAGGAGGGAUGGGUUUUCAUUAUGUACCGUGCGAUAGACAGCCUGCCAGCCUGGCGUGCAGUUCUCUACUUCAGCACAAUGAUAUUUUUCUUGGCCUGGCUGGUCAAGAACGUGUUCAUCGCUGUCAUAACGGAGACAUUUAACGAGAUACGAGUACAGUUCCAGCAGAUGUGGGGUGUUAGAGGGCACAUUAGCAACAGUACCGCGUCGCAAAUAUUAACCGGUGACGAUAACGGCUGGAGUCUGGUGACUCUAGACGAGAACAAACACGGCGGUCUGGCCUCACCGGUGUGUCACGCGAUCCUCCGAUCCCCUCAGUUCCGGAUGGUGGUGAUGUGCGCCAUAUUGGCGAACGGCAUCACCACCGCGACGAUGAGCUUCAAACACGACGAGAAGCCACGGCACACCUACUACGCGAACUAUUACUACGCCGAGAUCGCUUUCACGAUAUUGUUGGACCUCGAGACGUUGUUCAAAAUUUGGUGCCUCGGAUUCCGCAGUUAUUACAAGCAUUCGAUUCACAAAUUCGAGCUGCUGCUCGCUAUUGGUACAACCAUACACAUCAUUCCGUUCUUCUAUCUUUCUGGAUUCACAUAUUUUCAGGUUCUUAGGGUGGUCAGGCUGAUCAAGGCGUCACCGAUGUUGGAAGACUUUGUGUACAAAAUAUUUGGGCCUGGAAAGAAACUGGGCAGUCUCAUUAUAUUUACCAUGUGCCUGCUGGUUAUAUCGUCUAGUAUAUCCAUGCAACUUUUCUGCUUUCUAUGCGACUUCACCAAAUUCGAGACCUUUCCAGAGGCUUUUAUGUCUAUGUUUCAAAUCCUUACGCAAGAAGCUUGGGUUGAUGUUAUGGACGAAACAAUGCUUAGAACACAUGAGACAAUGGGACCUUUUGUAGCUGUUUACUUCAUUUUAUAUCAUCUGUUUGUCACACUGAUCGUGUUAAGUCUGUUCGUCGCAGUAAUUUUGGAUAAUCUCGAGUUGGACGAAGAUAUUAAGAAAUUAAAGCAACUGAAGUUUCGCGAGCAGAGCGCAGAGAUAAAAGAAACGUUGCCGUUCAGAUUGAGAAUUUUUGAAAAAUUUCCGGACAGUCCGCAAAUGACGUGCUUGCACAAAGUACCGUCCGAUUUUAGUCUCCCGAAGGUACGCGAAAGCUUUAUGCGACAAUUCGUCUUCGAGAUGGAGAACGAAGAGAACGAAGGGGCGAAGAAAAUAAGUGAAACGUUCGAUUCCAAAAUGAUCUACAGAAAGCAACGUCCAGUUAAGAUUUUAAACAAUCCACCAAAAGUAAGGAAUGUUGUUGUUAGCCUUAAAAAAGCAGCUGUUACCUACAUUAUAAAUGAUUCAAAUAAUCAGAGGCUUCUGUUAGGCGAUUCCGCUAUGAUACCGGUACCAGGAAAAAGUCUUUUGAAGCCGCAAGGUACUGUCAAUAGUGCCAAGCAAUUACGUAUCGAUCAAAAAAAGUCAAUCAGACGAAGCGUCCGUAGUGGGUCCAUCAAGCUAAAGCAAACGUACGAGCACCUGAUGGAGAACGGUGAUAUCGGAGGUAUAAACAGAGUGAGUUCUUCGCGCAGUAGACCGCAUGAUUUGGACAUUAAAUUACUGCAAGCCAAGCGGCAACAGGCCGAGAUGCGCAGAAACCAACGUGAGGAGGAUUUGCGUGAAAAUCAUCCGUUUUUCGAUACGCCGUUGUUCGCGGUGCCGCGCGAAAGUAAAUUCCGGAAAAUCUGCCAGUCGCUCGUGUACGCGCGUUACGACACCAACGUGAAAGAUCCGUUGACGGGGAAAGAGAGGAAAGUUCAAUAUAAGAGUCUGCACAACUUCCUUGGCUUGGUCACGUACCUAGAUUGGGUUAUGAUCUUCGCCACGACCAUGUCCUGCAUCUCGAUGAUGUUCGAGACGCCCCGUUACCGUGUGAUGGAGGUGCCCGCGUUGCAAAUCGCCGAGUACGGUUUCGUUAUCUUCAUGAGCAUCGAGCUGGCCUUGAAAAUCCUCGCGGACGGAUUGUUCUUCACGCCGAAGGCCUACAUCAAAGACGUUGCUUCAGUUUUGGAUGUUUUCAUUUACGUUGUCAGUCUGGUGUUCCUUUGCUGGAUGCCGAAAAGCGUGCCGCCGAAUUCCGGCGCUCAGCUUCUGAUGAUCUUGCGAUGCGUCAGACCGUUGAGAAUAUUCACGCUUGUGCCGCACAUGAGGAAGGUCGUGUAUGAGUUAUGUAGGGGGUUCAAAGAGAUCUUAUUGGUAUCUACUCUGUUGAUUCUAUUGAUGUUCAUAUUCGCGAGUUACGGUGUCCAGCUCUAUGGGGGUAGAUUAGCACGUUGCAACGACCCGACUAUUCUGAAACGGGAGGAAUGCGUCGGGGUGUUCAUGAGACGGGUGUUCGUGACGAAAAUGAAACUACGCCCGGGCCAAAACGAGAGUUACCCGUCCAUAUUAGUACCACGCGUUUGGGCUAAUCCCAGACGAUUUAAUUUCGACCAUAUCGGUGACGCACUGAUGGCGCUCUUUGAGGUGCUCUCGUUUAAAGGAUGGCUCGAUGUUAGAGAUGUUCUUAUCAAGGCUCUCGGUCCUGUCCACGCCAUUUAUAUCCAUAUCUACAUCUUUCUGGGUUGUAUGAUUGGUUUGACUCUGUUCGUCGGCGUUGUUAUCGCCAAUUAUUCUGAAAACAAAGGAACCGCGUUGCUCACUGUUGAUCAAAGACGAUGGUGCGAUUUAAAAAAGCGACUGAAGAUCGCUCAACCGUUGCACUUACCGCCCCGACCAGAUGGGAAGAAAUUCCGAGCGUUUAUCUAUGACAUCACUCAGAAUAUAUAUUUCAAACGAUUCAUCGCGGUCAUGGUACUCAUAAACAGUGCUCUUCUGUGUGUUUCCUGGAGAAUCGAGGAGGAACACACGGAAGCACUCGCUACGGUGUCCACGAUUCUGACACUGAUCUUUCUCGUGGAAGUGAUCAUGAAAAAUAUUGCUUUUACACCACGUGGCUAUUGGCAGUCCAGAAGAAACAGAUAUGAUUUGCUCGUGACAGUCGUCGGUGUUAUUUGGAUCGUCAUUCAUUGCACAAUGAAGAACGAUCUGUCGUACGUAAUCGGCUUUAUGGUCGUGAUCCUUAGAUUCUUCACCAUCACCGGCAAACAUACAACCCUGAAAAUGUUGAUGUUGACGGUCGGAGUGUCCGUUUGUAAAAGUUUCUUCAUUAUAUUCGGCAUGUUUCUCCUUGUUUUCUUUUACGCCCUAGCCGGCACGAUCAUCUUCGGGACAGUAAAGUACGGUGAAGGUAUAGGAAGACGUGCCAAUUUCGAGUCGCCUGUGACUGGCGUUGCUAUGCUCUUUCGCAUUGUCACAGGAGAAGAUUGGAAUAAGAUAAUGCACGAUUGCAUGAUACAACCGCCGUAUUGCACUCCGGCUGCUAAUUAUUGGGAGACCGAUUGCGGCAAUUUCCAUGCUUCCUUAAUUUAUUUUUGUACUUUCUACGUAAUUAUCACGUACAUUGUCCUGAAUCUUCUGGUGGCUAUUAUUAUGGAGAACUUCUCCUUAUUUUACUCGAACGAGGAAGACGCAUUGUUGUCGUACGCUGACAUUAGGAACUUCCAGAACACAUGGAACGUGGUCGACAACCAUCAGAAAGGCGUCAUACCGGUGAAACGGGUGAAGUUUAUCUUACGGUUGUUGAAAGGCAGGUUAGAGACUGAUCCACAGAAGGAUCGAUUGCUCUUUAAACAUAUGUGUUAUGAAUUGGAGAAAUUGAACAACGGCGAAGAUGUUACCUUUCACGAUGUUAUCAAUAUGUUAUCGUAUCGUUCAGUGGAUAUUCGAAAAGCUCUUCAACUGGAGGAAUUGCUUGCGAGAGAAGAGUUCGAAUACAUUAUCGAAGAAGAAGUUGCCAAGCAAACAAUUAGGAAUUGGCUGGAGGGUUGUCUGAAAAAAUUUCGAGCCAGUGGCAAACAACAAAAUCUAGUGGUUAAUCUUCGUGCGAACACCGACCAACCCAUACAGCAACAAGAACAUACAGAAGAAAAGGGAAAAGAGGCAGAUAAAGAGGAGGAGACAGAAACAAAAGAUGCAGACGGAGCAAAACACAGAGCAAAGAAACCAGUAGUUCUUCCAAGAUCAGAUAGUAUAGGUAGUGGAUCAAGAAAGAAGUAUUUAACUCCAACGUCAUCAGAUUCAGCUUCAAUCAGGUCUGAGAAGGAUAAGAAUGCACCACCCAAGAAGAGAAAUAACAGGCCACCGCCAAUGGCGAAAAACAAUCUGCCACACCUGACAGAAAGCGUAGAGCAGAACAGGCAACAACGAGAGGUCUUGAAUGUGAAGGCAACUGUGCCAAAGCCUUCUAGCGUUAUGCUAGAGGUUCGUGAAUGGUGGAAGGAACAACUAGCAUACAGCAGUGAGUCCAGCGAAGAUGAGGUUUAAAUGUUCUCUGACAGGUGCACGUGAAAAGCAUACGUAUAAAACUGGAGAGUACAUUCCUUUUAACGAUUUGAAUACGUAAAUCCUAUAAAACUGGAAAUCGCAUUGCUUUUAACGAUUUGAAUACGUAAAUCUGAACCCAAAUUCGA